GAAAUUGUUGGAUGAUGCUUUGAGGAGGGAACAACAACUGACACAUUCAAAACACGUGUAAACUGUUUCUAUUACCUUGAGAUUUGUUGUCACUGAAAAACUCACCUAGACUGUCUCAGGGAAAAUGGCUUCAUUGAAACUGCCAGAGGUUGUUCCUUCUCCCACACAAGACAGUGAACGACUCAGAAAGGCUUUCCAAGGAUUUGGGACAGAUGAGAAAGCGGUGAUAUUGGUAUUGGGACACAGGAAUGCUCAACAAAGGAAGAAAAUUGGAGAAACUUAUCAGCAGCUUUACAAUGAAUCGCUUGUCGAUCGUCUUCAUUCUGAAUUGUCUGGUGAUUUUAGAAAUGCUGUAAUUCUCUGGACCUACGAUCCUCCAGAAAGGCAUGCGAGACUAGCAAAGGAUGCAUUGAAGGCUAAGAAGGGGAUUAAACACCUUCAGGUUCUGGUUGAAAUAGCAUGUGCAUCAACUCCUAACCAUUUGGUGGCUGUGAGGCAGGCUUACUGCUCUCUCUUUGAUUGCUCACUUGAGGAGGACAUCAUAGCCUCUGUUGCUCCAGCCCUCAGAAAGCUUUUAGUGAGCCUAGUAAGCUCAUUCAGGUAUGAUAAAGUGGCUGUAAAUUUGGAGGUAGCCAAGGAAGAGGCAUCAAAACUACAUGAAGCUAUCAACAGCAAGCAAUUAGACAAUGAUCAUAUUAUUUGGAUACUUAGCACCAGGAAUCUUUUCCAGCUCCGGGAAACUUUUGCAUGCUACAAUAACCUCUAUGGGAAUACAUUGGAACAGGACAUAAAAAAAUGUGGUAAUGGUGAUUUGGAAUCUCUCUUACAUACGGUGAUAUGGUGUAUAGACUGCCCCGAGAAACAUUUUGCAAAGGUUGUAAGAGAUUCUAUAGUUGGGUUUGGAACCGAUGAAGAUUCCCUCAACAGAGCUAUUGUAACUCGAGCCGAAAUUGAUCUGUUGAACGUCAGAUUUGAAUAUGCUAACGUGUACAAGUCUAGUCUUGAUGAUGAUGUUAUUGGGGAUACUUCAGGGUACUACAAAGAUUUUUUGAUGACUUUGCUAGGGAAAGGUCCAGAUGGAGAGUGAUACAUUAUAACCAACAAGCACUGCUCAUGGUAUUCUAGGAUUGCUUGUAAUCUGCAUUUGAUGGUCUAGACUCUGUAAUAUAUAUGUUGCUCCUUUUUAUUUCAAAAGAAUCAGAAUUCAAGAUUGAAACCAAAACCAUUUAUUUGUUAUUCUGCAUUGACUUUGUGUAGAUUAAUUGUAGCUUGAUGUCUUGGUGUAUAGUAAAUAACAAGGGAUUUAUGAUGUGAAACACAGAAUUUGUAUCUUGGUUGCAAUUAUAAUAUUAUUUUACACAUGCAUAAUA